AUGACGUCCCCACGACUUUCCACAUCUGGUCAAUUUGACAGCGCGAGAGAAUCUAAUGGCCCCUUGAGUCCUCUGUCGUCACCCAAGCAGGCGUUACGCCCUCAGGGUCGACUACCAUCGUUCACCUCCUCUCGCGCUCCGAGCGGUGCUUUUAGUGCCAUGAGAUCGGUCAGCAAACCUACCCGUGGCUCCGGCACCAACAAGAUCAGAUUUGUCCAAGAAUCAGCCAGCUCGCUGAAGAAGAAGAGCUUGGCUGAACUAGGCGUUGGUGCUUAUCAGGCAAUCUCUGAUGUUUCAUACGUCAAGUUCCUUGAGUGGAUUAGAUCAGAACGUCUCACGACUCUGCCUCAUAAAGGAAGUCGAUGGGAUAAGGUGCUCAUUCGUGGCCUUUACUUUGCUGAGCAGCUACACAACUUCGAGCAGGUCAUUCAAAAUUUUGCUGUUGAUAGUAGUGUAGCCGCUGCCAUUGGGUACGGACAUGCGCAGCUUCUUCUAGAUCUCGGCCACCACAACUCCGAAGCCUUGGACAAAGCAUUCUCAGUCUUCUACAAGUUCGCGACGUCAUUCUCCUUCGUAUUACAUCGUUCGGAAUUACUAGCAGCUACACCAGAAAUUCAGGAACAGCUUUGCCUGCUGUACACUGAUCUCUUGUCACUGGUGACCGAUGUUGCUAUCAAGUUCUACAAAACAGUCAAUGGUAUGACUUCAGAUGUCAUCAGCUUCGACAUAUUCGAGCUUUUUGGCACCUCGAUCGAGACUUUUAAUACGCGACAAAGUUCGGUUGUUGAGCUAAUCUGGAGUUUUCAGAUCGAGAAGGCGGAAUUGGAGGAUGGAGAAGCCCUCGAUGUCAAAGUCCUCAGUAACUGGCUGGAACCGAAAGACAGAGUCUUGGCCUCACUAAACCGAGAUCACUCAACUUUCGUUGAACAACAGGCCGACUUCACAUGCCUUUGGUUUCAAAAGAAACUCUCAAACUUCAUUCAAAGCGACGACAAUUUCUUGUUGGUCACUGGCCAAUCAGGAGCAGGAAAAACGACACUGGCUGGGUCUAUCAUUGAGCGCCUGCAGCGACCUGUGAACCGCAAGCAGUUUGAUACAGUGUUCUGCUCUGUGUCACCCAAUAUCCCGACUACCGCGACUUCACUAGCUGUCGUGAAGUCCCUCCUUUCUCAGCUGCUCAACAUGAGAGUUGGAAACAUGGGAAUGUACUACGCGCUCUUCCGGGCUUAUAAUGAGUGCAGAGUCGCGGGUGAUGCAAAGGCUUUCGAGGAUCACCUCUGGCAAGCGCUUAUUGAGACCCUUCAGGAGCCUGCCAAGAACUCAAACGAGCUCGUCAUCGUUGUUGAUGGCCUGGACGAGAUUACUGAGUCCCAAUCGACCUCGGUUCAAGCCAACGGUACCGCUAACCCUACCGCGUUGCUCGAGAGACUAGUUAGCGUCACCAACCAGGGCCUUGGGGUAAGGUUGAUCACGUUGUCUUCUUCGAUCAAAACCCCAAGCCUGAAGGGAUCUUACCACGAAAUAACUCGUGACGAUGUCCGAGACGAUAUUCACGCCAUCGCUAUCAGAGCUUUCACUCGCAACCAGCACUUCACUAGUCAACGGGCAUACGACCAAGAGACUUUCCUGAACCGCAUCAUCCAGGCAGCCAAUGGAUCCUUCCUAUGGGCGUCCCUCGCCUGUGAAAAUCUGAAUACGCAGAAGUCCCCUGAGGCCUUCACCAAGAGUCUCGAGAACCUAGAAACUUCGAAACCCUCUGUCCACGAUCUGGUUUUGAAAGUAUUCACUGCACUCAACACGACCAGUCACGCGAAGACUCUUCUUUCGUGGCUGCUUGCAGCGGAGCGACCGCUCACUAUCGAUGAGAUCCACACACUCUUCACAGUUGACAUCCGCAGCGGAACACUGUCCGAUACGGGCAUCAACGUCAACGAAAUUCUCGACACACUCAAGCCGCUCCUGAUUUUGCACGAGCGUAUUGUGCGUUUCAGGCACCCGCUUGUUCACUCUGCUUUGGCCCAUCACGGCCAGGUUUCCAAAGAAAGUCAGACAGACUUACUACUCAGAGUUCUUACAUACGCCAAGGUUACCUUGCGUGACGAGAACGAGCCUCGAUGGAUCGAAUCUUCUGAUACAACUGUUGCCGAUCGUCUUUUCCAUAAGCAUCCGUUUCUCGAGUACACUGCAAGAUAUUGGGUACUUCACCUUCAACGAUCCCCUCUAGCUCCGAAGCCGAAUGAAGUGUAUAAGGCUACCGCGGAAUUGCAAAAGGUGUUGCCUUCGACUACGCUCUUGCCUGUCUUGGAACAGCUAUCCUGGAAUAUUGAACCUCCUACUCGAACAGUGGAACUGCACAAGCUUGCAGGAACUGUUCGCCGAGCGGUCUUCACCGUAAACCAUCCUUCGGUUCUCCAGACGUACCUGGCCAUCGUUACGAACUACCUUCUACGCUCCAACACGAAAGAGGCUCAAAGUUACCUUUACUAUUGUAUCACCAUCGCUCGGAAAGUACUGAGCGACAUUCACCCUUUGACGCUGGAAUGCGCCAAUCAAUUCCUCAUGAUUACUGAGACUUUGACAACUACUUCGCGCACAGAAAUCAUGACGCGUCGUGAAGAGACUCUGAUCAUUUUGAUUACUGCGUAUGAGCGCCAAUACGGCAGCACAUCUGAGCUGGUCACCCAAACUCGUAAGCUCCUUGCCGAGCUGUACACCUCAAUCAACGAAGAGGACCGUGCACUGGAAAUUUACCGCCUCAUCCAGGAAUCUGUGGUACAGCAAUAUGGCCGAGGGUCUGUUCAAUCUCGAGAAAUGCAGAGUCAACUCGGUGUAACACUUGGGAAAGGUCAAAAUGGACGUGAUAUCGACAGCUACCAACAUCACCUCUUUGAAGAGGAGGACGAGGAUGACGACGAGCUUCAAAUAUUCACCCUCGCCUCCAUUGGUCUCUACCUGAGACGAGCUGAGUCACACAUGUCUCGCAAGGAGUUUGCUUUGGCAGAGAAGACUUUCGUGGAACUCUGGAUGGAAGUCUCCUCUACAUGCCGCACUGUCCAGUCCAUCGAGUGGCACGAGAAACAUAUCGAGGUUGCCACGAUAUACUCGCAGUUCUUGAAAUCACAGUCGCGAACCACAGAAUCUGCCGCCAUCUUGACUUGCAUUUGGCAGCAAUAUUCUCAGCAUCAAGUGUCGUUCGCCGAGUCGAUCGUUUCACGACUCUCUAAAGUUGCUAAGGAGAUGAAGAGCAUAGGUUGUUACUCACAGGCCUUGUCGGUGUUCAAGUUCGCCAACUCCUAUAAUAAGAGAGUGCGAAAGGAGGAGUCCCAGUUUUCGCGUGAGAUCGACAAUGAGAUUUCGGAAACAUCGACCGAGUUGGUGAAGCAGAGCCUGUCUGGCUCGUCCAGUGUUACCGAGACUACAAGCACCGUCUCAGAGUCCGUGUUCCAGGACGUUUUCUUCUCGAUCAUCCAAUCAUCCAAGGCUGUUGAUUCCAGUACCAUUGCGCUUGCAAAGAAGCUGACAGCUCAAUACGUUGAGAAGAAAAGCUACACUGAGGCUAUCAACGUCAUACAUGCGACUCUGAAACGGACUUGGUCUUCCUUUCUCUCCAGUUCUAUUCAGGAUGUCGUUAUGACGACCACAUUUACGCAAGAGUCAAUCGAAUUGGUUGAAAUCCUUGCCGAGAUCUAUGUACAAACCAGACAGUUGGACAAGGUAGAAGACACGUACAGUCGCUUUUUCCGAGCCACCUUGGUUUCGCAGAACGUGGACAAGGUCACUUUCGAGAAAGCCAGGACGUUACUGAUCGGCUUUUACGAUAAGCACGACUAUGCAGACAAAGCGAUCGGUAUCUUCCAAGAGAUACUUGUGACCUAUCGCGCUCGACUCGGACACACCCACGAGUUGACGAUUCAGACGCUGUACACCUUAGCACGCAGGUGUCAGAGUCAUCCCAGAAACCAUCCUUACUGGAUUGACUACUACCUGCAGAUCAUCACCAGUCUCAACAAGGAUUCAGAUGUUUGCCACAAAGAUGCUCUGGAUGCGAUUAUUAUUGUCACCAAUACCUACUCGGAGGAUCGUCGCUAUGCGGAGGCUGUUACCAUCUACCGCGUUCUGUGGAAUACCUACGUUCGCAACACGAAGGAGCACAAGAUUUUCAGCGAUGCCAAGUUCGUCUCGACGCUGUACGAGCGCUACUACCGAUGUCUCGAAGAGACGAAGGCCAGCUACGAAACUCUAUACCAAAUCACUGACGAGUACCACAAGACCACCGUCGCGACGUUUGGCGCAGAAUCUACCAUCGCGGUGGAAGCCAUGCUGCAACUUGCUUCCGUAAGCCAGCGUAGCGAAAAGCACCUUUCUCAGGCAAUCUCUCUUUAUGAGUCUAUUUCCAAAUCGUCAAAAACUUCAACGACGAAGAUGAGCGUCACGGAUAUCAAUCAAGCUCUUUCAUCGCUUUACGUCCGUCAGAUGCACUCGGCGUCUUCUUCCACUGUCAAGGCUGAAAGCGUUCAGCGUGCCUUGAGCAUGACCGAAGAGCGAUUUGCGGAAAACGCGAGCAAGUUUGGUUAUUCUCAUGAAUCCUCGCUUACCCAGCUACGAGAGCUUGUUGUGUUGUACCACCGUCAGCAGAAGACAGAUCUUGCGGUCAAACAGCUUACAACUGCUGUUUGCGAGAUCAUCACCAAGGAAAAGUCGAGCCAAAAGAUGAUUGAAUCUGCGGCUUCAAUUGCUGCAAGCUUCCAUGCCUGUGAACAGACAAGCACCGCGCACAGUCUUGUCGAGGAAUUGCACCGUCAAAUAUGUGCCAAGGAGACUAAGUACACAGAAAAAUGGUCGUUUGUCUUGACCAAGACCGACCGUUCGACUUUGGCUUUCCUUGCUUCCCUUCAGUACAACCUUCGCGAGGACUUGACCGUCACAUUUGCCGAGAUCAUGGCUGAUCUCACCAUGGAGUACAUCUACUUUGAGCAGUUCAGACAUGUCCUGCAGAACAACGGUAGCAUGAAAAACAUACUCGUGGCAGCUGCUCCUCUCCGGUGGUUCUUGCGCCGCAACGGUCAAGAUAAGAUGAUAUCAGUCGUCGAGGACCAAGCAGUUGGCCUCUUCGUCAAGAGUGAUGCUAAGGAUUUGAACACACUUAGCAAGGAGUCACCGCGUAUCUUCCUUAUCGGCAUCCUGGAACAUAUGGGCAAUGGCCGCAACAAGGACUUCAAUCGAUCCGUCAUCCUUGCGAGCAACAACAGUGUCGCGAAGCUUACGAAGGCCAAGAGGUUCCCCGAAGCGUACGAUGUAGCCAAUCUUGGUUUCCUGUUUGCCAGUGGACAUGAUGGUUACAAUGGACCCAGGGCUAUCGGUCUCGGCUUCAAGCUUGCGUCCUUGCUCGUUGGCCUCAAUGGUGAGAAGAGUGCUGAUCCUGCCCUGCGCAAGAAGACACUGGAACUUUCCAACCGCAUCGUCAAGAAGAUUCUGGACAUCUGCAAGAAAUCUGAAGUCAACUUUGCUCAAAUCCAGCUGUCUGAGCUCAGCAACCUGUCAGCACUGCUCGGUGAACAACAAGAUUACGAGACGCUCGAGUGGCUUCUCAAGACCCUCUGGAACACACGCGACGCUCAACGAUCCUGGCCAGCAGAAGUCUUGCUCAACCUUGGUCGCCGUCUCAUCUGCGCCCGCUACCUCGCCGGCCUACCCGUCAAAGCCAUCCGCCUCGCCGAAGACAUCGCCUACAACAUGCGUCGGGCCCACGGCCCCCGCGCCCCCAUCACAAUCGAGACAUACGAGCUGCUCGCCCAGCUCUACACAUCGACCGGACAAUCCUACCAGGCCAAGACCGCAUCGGAUCCCUCUGCCCAGUCGCUCGCUCGCGACUACUUCAAGAAGGCUCUGGGCGUGCACGAGGAUAUCCUGCGCGUCGUGGUGCGCGAGAAAGACGACGACUCGGAUGAGGAGGACGAAGCUACUGCGUACCUGCUCGCGAAAGAGGGCGUCAGCGUCAGCACCUCCAACGGCCAGCAUGUCAAGGCCCUGGACGCUGAUAGCAUUGAUCGAUCUGCUAUUGCGCUUCGCCAUCUACACCUCCUGAAGCUGGCGUACCAGCGACUGGGUGCUUGGCCCAAGUCGAACGACGAGUACAUCCGCCUGAAUGCGCAGGUCUUUGGCGCGUUUGGCAGCGAGUCCAGCUGGAAGGGCGUGCAGGGCGUGGAGAGGUGGGAUGCGAAGCAGUUCGGCUCGGGCAAGGCUGAGUCGCAGGAAGGUGUGUUUGCGGGUGUCAAGGACUGGGGGUUUGGCAGCGAUAGGUUGAUUCUGCACGCUCAGGAAUACCCUCAGAAUGGUGUCUAGUUUUGACGUUGUUGAGAGAAUAGUGUUGUGGUAAUUGGGAUGGUGGUGAAGUGGGGAGAUUGACGGCAUGGAUGCUUGGAUGAGAUUAUGUUGAUAUAUUUCCAUUGUACCAAAAGUUAGCGAGCG